CAUACCAUCGGGGUCCAAAAAAAUAUGAGAAGUAUCAGGGGCCAAAGUAGAAUUUCCGGAAAAGGCCGUAUCUGCUUCUGGUUCUCAAGAGGCAAAUCUCUGAAACUGAAGGAGGAAAAGAUCGGUGAAAAUUUGAAGAGUCGUUUAUGGAAGAAGACGCAGAGGAGGACGAAAAUGACGACGUUUCGCAUGGUCUAGAACGAGAAAUCUAGACGCAGAGAAACAACCAACCAAACAAACCCUAAGAUAGAGAGAGAAACCUAGACAGAGAAAGAGAGUGGGAGAAUGGGGAAGGGGCCGUUCUCGUUUCGCCGGACCUCCAGUCGCCGCCGCCUCAAGAAGGCGCCAGAGGGCCCCUCUCCCCCGGCGCCUCCGCCUCCGAUGAUGAUCGAGGCAUCCUUGUCGCCCAAUAAUCAGACCGCGAACACCUCGAUCGCCGCCGCGUCUGGCGGUGGUGGUGGAGCAGGGGGAAAGGCGAAAAAGAAGACCGGUGGAGCAAGGUUGUGGAUGCGGUUCGACCGGUGCGGGCAGUCGGAGUUGCUGGAAUGUGAUAAGAGCACGAUCAUCAGGCGGGCGGCGAUUCCGGCAAGGGAUUUGAGAAUUCUCGGCCCUGUCUUCUCUCAUUCCUCUAAUAUUCUUGCUAGGGAAAAGGCCAUGGUUGUCAAUCUAGAGUUCAUAAAGGCUAUAGUUACAGCUGAAGAAGUGUUGUUGCUAGAUCCUCUUCGACAGGAGGUUCUUCCAUUUGUGGAUCAGCUAAGACAACAACUUCCUCAUAAAAGCCCAUUUAGAAUGCAUGGGGCAAGCCCUCUGGAUACACAAGAGAAUGAAAUGCAGUUUUCGACAGGUGGUCGUUGGUUACCUGUUCCUGACUCUGAAGGGUUGCAGAAUGAGCUUCCCUUUGAGUUUCAGGUUCUGGAGAUUGCAUUAGAGGUUGUCUGUACAUAUCUUGACACCAAUGUGGCAGAACUGGAGAGAGAUGCUUACCCUGUCCUGGAUGAGCUGGCCAGGAACGUUAGCACCAAGAAUCUUGAACAUGUCCGGAGUUUAAAAAGCAAUCUUACACGUCUUCUCGCCCGAGUGCAAAAGGUGAGGGAUGAACUUGAACACCUUUUAGAUGACAAUGAGGACAUGGCAGAUUUAUACUUAACAAGGAAGUGGAUCCAGAAUCAGCAAAAUGAGGCUUUGUUGGGAGCUGCAGUAUCCAAUAGUCUCAUCACUCCGGCACCCUAUCUUCCAAGACUCAGUUCUCACAGGAGUGUGAGUUUGGCAACUAGCAACUUUGUGGAUGAUGAUGAUGUGGAGGAUCUGGAGAUGUUGCUUGAGGCAUACUUCAUGCAGCUGGACGGGACUCGUAACAAGAUAUUGUCUGUUCGGGAGUAUAUUGAUGACACAGAAGACUAUGUUAACAUCCAACUGGACAACCAGCGAAACGAACUCAUUCAACUCCAAUUGACCUUGACCAUUGCAUCAUUUGCUAUAGCCGUUGAAACUCUGAUUGCUGGAUUAUUUGGUAUGAACAUCCCUUGUCCAUUAUACGAAAUGCAUGGGGUCUUCAACCCCUUCGUUGGAUGUGUCACAGCUGGUUGUAUAUUGCUAUUCCUGCUUGUUCUCGGGUACGCCAGAUGGAAGAAGCUGCUGGGUUCAUGAUCCACUGCUGGUGCCCCCGGGUUUCUUAUAUUUACAGAAAUUGGUAAGUAAUAUUUUUGCCAGCUCAAGUUAAAAUCCUUGAGUUUACACUAUAUUGGAAGUGUUCUGUGAAGUUUAUUGCAAGCGAAAUGGCAAUUAAAACUCUCUCUGCCAUUGUAAUUCUCCCUCGUGGUUCUGAAAUGUAGUUGCUAAUCCUGGAUAAGGACUUUGUCA